ACCAGCUCUACCUGGUUCCAGGUAUCUCUGUCAGCAUGGCGCUACCCCAGAUGCUCAUCAUCCUGAGCCUCCUGCCACUGCUGGAGGCCCAGAACCCAGCACAUGCAAACAUCACAGAAAUACCUAUCACUAACGCCACCCUGGACUGGCUCUCCGGCAAAUGGUUUUUCAUUGGCUCGGCCCAUCACAACCCCGAGUACAAGCAGGCAGUUCUGAAGAUCCAGGCAGAUUUUUUUCACUUUGCUCCCAACCUGACAGAGGACACCAUACUGGUUCGAGAGUACCAGACCAUAGAGGACCGGUGUGUCUAUAACUCCACUCUGCUGCAGGUGCAGAGAGAGAAUGGAACCCUUUCCAAAUUCGAGUCGGGCAGAGAACACUUCGCCAAGCUGAAGCUGCUCAGGAAGUACAGGGCCUUCAUGCUUGCCUUUGCCCUGGAGGAUGAGAAGAACCGGGGGCUGUCCUUCUAUGCUGACAAGCCAGAUGUUACCCCAGAGCUUCUGAAAGUAUACCAGGAGACUGCCAAAAGUGUGGGCAUAGAUGAGUCAGAAAUCACAUACAUUGACUGGAAAAAGGUAAACAAAGGGAAUAGAUAGUACCACCCUGGAAGU